ACAAAUUAAGGGAAGCGGCUUGUUUUUUUUUCAUGUUUGCAGAUGGGGCUGGAGGUUGAAUAUCUUGGUGCGCCACCAGGUGUCAGGAUAGUGAAACACUCAUAUGUAGUCUGAUCCUGUUUGAGAGAAUGCAGAACUUGCAACAGGAUGACACAGUUUUAACUGUAUUUCCUCUUUUUGGCUGGACCGCAACACCGGGGCCAGCCCUACAAACGCGAAUGUCUGUGAUUGAUUCACUGAGUGAUGAAGUUACACCAUUGGUCUGCCGAGUUAUGAAGUUACGCCAUUGGUCGGCCGAGUAAUGAAGUUACACCAUUUGUCAGGAUUCUGCUUUUUUUCUGUUUCAGUCAUUCUUUUUCUGGGCUGCCUGAUGGUGGCACUUCGGCUUGUAUUUCAGUUUGCUCCCUCAUUAGUUUUCCCUGUGUUAAUUGUAUUACUGUUUUCUAUUAUUCAAUCAUUGUUUCUGUUUGCGUCUCAUUAUCCCUUAGGGUUCCCUGUCUCAGUCCAUUUCAGUUCAGUUCAGUUCAGUUUAGUUUUCUUAGUCAUAUGUAGGUUAACACAGGGUCAACGGUACAAUGAAAUGUGUUGGACAAGAAAACAGGUCAGCUCACCAAUAAAGCACUAGUCAUAAUAUAGAAUAUAAGAUAAAAUUAAAAAAGAUUUUAAAAGAUGGAGUGAGGUAUAGAUAAAAUAUAACACUAUAUACAUAAUAUAACACUAUGAACUUAGAUGAAAAUGAGGAUUUAUGUAUAAAAGUAAACUGACGAGUGUAUACAAUAUUACAAUAUUAUUGCACAUUGGAUAUGUAGCAGUCCUGGUUAUGUAGCAGUCCAGUCCAAAUAUGCGAUGUGGAAUACUUAGAUAUGUGAGUUGCAAAGCCUGAUGGCCUGGCAAUAAAAACCAAGUCUGGGUGUAUGUGUGGCCAUGCUCCUGUAUCGUCUGCCAGACGGUAACGAGGAGAACGGUCUUCAUGCUUAGUGGCUGUGAUCCUUGAUGAUACUGUGUGCUUUCCACAGGCACCGCUGGUGGAAGAUAUCCUGAAUGGCCGGGAGUCUGUUGCCAAUGAUGUGCUGUGCCGCCUCCACCACUCUCUGUAGUGAUUUGCGGCUGUGGGCAGAGCAGUUCCCGUACCAGACCGUAAUGUAGCCCAUCAGAAAGCUCUCGAUGGUGCACCUGUAGAAGUUUGUGAGGAUGCUGGCGUUCAUGCCAAACUUCCUCAGUCUCCUCAGGAAAUAGAGCCGCUGACGAGCUUUCUUGACCGUGGUGUCUGUGUGUAGUGACCAGGAGAGGUUCUUGGUGAUGUGCACACCGAGGAACUUAAAGCUGCUGACCCUUUCAACCUCAGCAUCACCAAUGUGGAUGAGGAGGUGUCCACCCCCCUGCUGUCUUCUGUGGUCUACAAUCAUCUCUUUAGUUUUACUGACGUUGAGAAAGAGUUUGUUGUCCUGGCACCAGCUGGUUCGUGUCUUCACCUCCUCUCUGUAGGCUGUCUCAUCGUUGUCCGUGAUGAGGCCCAGGAUGGUCGUGUCAACUGUGUCAGUCCAUUUUAGUGUCAUCUGAGUCCAGUCCCGUGUUGUCUGUGAGUCCAGUUCCGUGUCGUCUGUAUGUCCAGUUCCGUGUCAUCUGUGAGGCAGUUCCAGUGUCUGUCUGAGUUCUGGCAAGUAGCUUAUGAGGAAUUUUGCGUUUGCCAUCCCCCCAUGCAAAGACAUGUACGGGCAUUUAGGUUAAUGUCUGUUAGAGGCAGCGCAUGGGUUGAUUGAAAUUGCCAACGUAGGCUACCCAUGCGCAUAAUCCAAACUAAAUCCCUUGCCCCUAGUAGUUCCCCUGGAGUGCCCUCUGAUUAUAGCUCACUGACAUCACAUUGAGGGCCACUCGCAAAGAUGAAUGAAGAACUCAGGGAUACCCCCUUCAGCAUGAAGCCUGUAUAGGCUCUAAAUACUAUUUGAGAAAGUAUUUGGUUUUCCAUUAAAAUAAUUUACACAAAUGAAAUACAAUGUAUUUCAUAUGGAAAUGUAUUUGAAAAUACUUCAAAUAUGUAUUUACAUACAUUUUCAAAUACAAAUACAUACUUGCAUUUGACCAAGGGCUGUAAUAAACAAAGGCAGUAAAGCACAUCAUCCAAAACCACACCAAGUGGCUUUGAAACAGGAAUGAAUUCAUUGAUUAAUUUAGCAUUCCAUAAUAAUCAUGACAGUGGCAGAUUGAAUGAAACUGAGUAACAGCACUGAUUGGCUUUGGUUUCGGACAAGUCUGCAGAAGUGCGUGUGAGGUACAGUAUGAGUCCAUGUGCUGCAAAGGUCCAAGGAUGUCUGCUGCAUUAAAUCCACAAAAGGUAACAUCAAGGCAGUAGUGUUUGGACUUUGUGUUCCACAUCCCUGCCCACGGUUCUCUAUAUAGUGGUCGGGCACAGCAGGACAGAAUCAGACUCACUGCAGAAGGCUCACACACAGGUAAGAUGGAAACUGCUCUUAUUUAUCAAGUGUUUUAAACUAACUAUGCUGUUGUAAAUGAGAUGUAGUUUGUCAUGAGGUAUUAAUUAAUAUUCUGGUGUUCUUUAGGUUCACAGAUAUAGCCAUGAAGUUGUUUGUGGUGCUUGCUCUUGUUGCUUUUACUGGUGAGUGAAUUUUACUAUUUUGCUUAUGGUAAGUAACUUUACUGAGAACACUUUUUGGAAUGAACACUAUCUUCUGUGAAAGUCCCAAAAGCUGAUAAGAAAUCAAAAACACUUCUAUAGCAAAGAUGUAAUGAAAUUGACUAUCAAUGCUGUAUUACAAAAGCAAACAAAAUUGUUUUGUCACAUGCCAACAGACUGCCAAGCCAAUGUUCUGAGGUCAGAGGAACCCAAGCCACAACUGGAUCUGGUGAAAGAUGCAUUCUGGGACUACUUUGUCAAAGCAACAAAAAUAGUUCUAGAUACUCUGAAAACCAUUGGAAACUCUGCGUUUGGACAGCAAAUGAAUGAAAAGAUCACAGAAAGUGUGGAAGUGGCCAGCCAAUACAGAGCCAUAGUGCAGGAUCAAGUUGUCGUCUUUAGCCAUGAGUUACAUAAAAAGCUUUCUGAACAUGUGGAACAGCUGUCAGAGAGCCUGCAGCCGGAUAUAAAUGAAGUGAGGGUCCAGCUGGAACCCUUAACUGAGAAGCUGAGGGCCAACAUUCAGCAGCAGAUGCAGAAGGUGAGGCAGGUGCUGGACCCCUACACAGAGUCCCUGGACACAAGAGCCCUAGAGCGUGCCCUGCGACGGAUGCAUCAGAAGCUGAUACGCACCCUAUUUAUGAGUGUGGAUCAGCUGCUGUCCCACCUGCAUGACCAGCUGCGCCCCUCCACUAAGGAGCAGAAGAGGAAAGUGGAGGAGAGUGUGGGGGAGUUCAUGGAAUUUGUGUGGCCCCUGGACCUGCAAAAAAGACUCAUAAACGAGAUCUUUGACAAACUCGGGAUGGUUGAUCGGACCCUGUACCGCUACGCUGAUAGCCUGAAGACAAAGCUCAAUCCCUACAUCCAGGGCCUCGAAUCCCAGCUCACCGCUCUCUGGGAGUCUUCUGCCAAAAGUGCCUAAGUGCAGGAGGAACCACUCCCUGCUCCCCUUAUCGAUUCUAACUGCCUGAAUCUCUCUGAGACUCCAAUAACGCAUGAUCAUCUUUUCUUGACACUCUCUUCCAGUACCUGUCAGCUAUUGAGUGGCUCUUUCUUACUUUUGCUGUACAAUUAACAAAUUAAAGACCCACAGCAGUUAUGAUGUGUAGAGUUGUCAUUCUUUUGUUCAGGAAGAGCUAGGAGAAUACUCUAAUACUGAAGCAAAACGUUUUACUUUUUUCAUGACUGCUUAGAUAUGUUUUUUUUACAUGUUCUGUAAAAAUUGAUGGAUGCUUUCUAACUUUCUGAAAUAAAGGCAAGAAAACGAAUCA